CACACCUUCAAAUCACCGCAAGUCAUGCCUUGAUCAAACACUUUAGCUCCUUACAAUCUACAUAAACCCUUCACACUUUAACUCUAUACUCUCUCACAGCUUUGUUCUUCCAUGGCAGCACCAAUGAUCCACUUGUUUUCCUCUUUGUUAUUGUGCAGCACUUUUCUGUGCUUCUUCCACUGCACAUUGUCCUUGCUGGACCCGGAGGAUGAGGCUGGGAUUCUGGUUCAGCCUGAUGAUGUUAAGAUGGUCCAAAGCAACAGAGAUUCUAGGAAGAUAUGUGACUUUUCUGUUGGAAAAUGGGUUUAUGAUGACUCUUACCCUCUCUAUGACUCUGAUUGUCCAUAUCUAAGCUCUGUAGUUACAUGUCAAAAGAAUGGUAGGCCAGAUUCUGAUUAUCAGAAGUGGAAGUGGAAGCCUACUGGUUGUACCUUGCCAAGAUUUGAUGCACUGAGGUUUCUUGGGAGAAUGAGAAGAAAGAGAAUAAUGCUGGUGGGUGAUUCGAUGAUGAGAAACCAGUGGGAAUCUCUAGUUUGCUUAGUGCAAGGAGUUAUUCCAAUUGGUAGAAAAAGGGUGACUUAUAAUGGACCUGCAAUGGCUUUCCAUGCCAUGGAUUUUGAGACUUCGAUUGAGUUUUUCUGGGCACCCCUUUUGGUAGAACUGAAGAAAGGUUCAGAAAAUAAGAGAAUUGUACAUUUGGAUUUGAUUGAAGAAAAUGCAAGGUAUUGGAGAGGGGUUGAUAUCCUUGUAUUUGAUUCAGCUCAUUGGUGGACUCACUCUGAUCAAACCAGCUCAUGGGAUUACUACAUGGAGGGAAAUAAUCUGAUAAGAAACAUGAGUGCAAUGGUUGCUUAUGAAAGAGGACUCAGCACAUGGGCAAGAUGGGUGGAUCAAAAUCUAGACCCUCUGAGAACAAAAGUCAUUUUUAGAAGCAUGUCAUCCAGGCAUAACAAAAGAGAAAAUGGAUGGAAAUGCCAGAAUGAGAAGCAGCCUCUUCCAUUUUUGAGGCAGCUACAUGUUCCUGAAGCAGUGGUGGUGCUAGAAGGAGUGGUGAAGAGAAUGAGGUUUCCAGUGUAUGUGGAAGAUAUCACAAGAAUGACAGAAGUGCGCAGAGACGGACACCCUUCAGUGUAUAUGAGAGUAAUAGGAGAAGAUGAGAGGGAGAAACAAGGAAAAGGCCUUUCUUCUGAUUGCAGCCAUUGGUGUCUUCCUGGGGUGCCUGAUAUUUGGAAUGAGAUGCUCAGUGCAUUGCUUUGACUGAUAUAGAUCACCAUUUACUUAACAUCAUCUAGAGCCUUUCAUGGUUACUCUUCCAAGGACAUGGUUGCUUGUUGCUGUUCUAUUUAUCAAUAUGUUUCAUUUGAUGGAAAAAUUGCACUGCUGUUGGGUUUUUCACCAUGAUUUUCAGA